AUGACUCUACCUAAGGCUAAGGAGUUUUUGAACAAGCUCUCGACAGAGGCCCGAACCAGAACACCUUCCCCCAUGAAGUCCCUAGGAAGCUAUUUUAACCGGGAAAACUUGGUCUUCCUGGCAGGCGGCAUGCCAAUGGCGGACUUGUUUCCAUGGAACGAAAUAAGUGCGAAAUCUCCAUUACCUAGGCACGGGAGUACCUUUGAGUCCAUGAAGCAGCUGCAGGAUUCUGACGUCUGUGAGACCAUGGUGAGAAAAACUGAGGGCACGGUCAAUGGGGACAUACCGCUAGCCAGAUCUUUGCAAUAUGGUCACACCGCAGGACAGCCCGAACUCGUCGCAUUUCUUAAAGAGCACACAAAGAUGUACCACGAUAUGCAAUACUCGGAUUGGCAAUUGAUAACGUCGGCUGGUAAUACACAGUCGUGGGAGGCAACGUUGAGAGUCUUCUGCGAUAAGGGUGACACCAUACUGGUAGAAGCACAUUCGUUCACUACCUCGCUUUCUGCCGCGCAGGCUCAGGGCGUGAAUAUCGAGCACAUCGCUCUGGAUGACGAUGGUAUCGUCCCAGGGGCAUUGGAGGCAACGCUGCACAACUGGGACCCCAGCGUUCCUUUGCCCAAACUUCUGUAUUUGAUCCCAACUGGUCAGAAUCCCACGGGAUCGACGCUCGGGGAAGCUAGAAGACGCGAGGUCUAUGCAAUUGCGCAAAAGUACGACCUUAUCAUUGUCGAGGAUGAGCCUUACUACUUUCUACAAAUGGACCCUUUUACCCGUAAUCGUCCAGAGCGUAAGGACCAGUCCCGUAUGUCGCAUGACGAGUUCAGAAAAUCCUUAAUCAAAUCAUUUAUUUCCCUGGACACUGACGGCCGUGUCGUUCGUCUAGAAUCAUUUUCCAAGGUUCUGGCACCGGGAACUCGUUUGGGAUGGAUAGUGGCAUCCCAGUCGCUGGUGGAGAGAUACAUACAUUUUCAGGAAGUGGCAAUCCAAGCUCCCUCGGGCUUCACACAGACAAUGGUCUCAGGCCUGCUGAAUAGAUGGGGGCAAGAAGGCUACACCAAUUGGUUGAUCGCUUUACGUACCGAGUACAGCAACCGUCGGAAUGCCGCAUGUGACGCCUUGUAUAAAUAUCUGCCUCUGGGGUCUACAGUCAAGAUGACACCCCCUACAGCAGGUAUGUUUUUUAUUGUCAAGGCCGAUGCCUCUCAGCAUCCAGAAUUCUUGAGCAAGUACGGCGGCAGUGGUAUGGAGGUCGAAAAGAUGUUUUUCCAAAAAUUUAUCAAUAAUGGCGUCAUCCUUGUUCCAGGGUUUUGGUUCAAGAAGGCGUCGGUGGAGUUGGGCUCGAAGCCUAACGAGAAGCAGUCGUCCGAGAUUUUCUUCAGAGGAACAUUUGCUGCCGUUGAUCUGAAAGCUUUAGAGAGGGGUAUUAAGGCACUCGCUGAGUGUUUGAAGCUAGAGUUCUGCGUCUAA